GCGUGAUUGGCUCAGGCCUGGAAAACAGCGUUUGGGAUCCUCAAUGUACAGGCCGCAGUAGUGCUACCGUUGGAAAAUUAACGAUAAUAAAUCACGACAGAUUCGCCGGGAUUCGAAACUCUUCAACGCUCCGAAGGCAGUCACGGAGCAGACACUUUCCUCCCAGAUGUCAGAUUCACAGACGUGUUUAAUGUUCGUGAAGGUUUUGCAUGAAGGGAGCCGCUGUCAGAUGUGAAGCUCAGCGCAGUGUAGUGUUGUGGAGCGCCCUCAGAUCAUGGAUCAAGGUGGAGGGAUCCUGGAGCUUCACAAGGAUCUAAACAUGCCCCAUACCAUGAUAAUGCCAGAUUUUGGGAUGGGAGGCCUGGCCCACAUCGACGGCGAGCACAUUGUGGUGUCAGUGCCGGAGGCCGUGAUGGUGACGGACGAGGGCAUCAUGCUGGAGGCUGAGGUGGUGGAGGGUCCUGACAUCAUGUCCGAAUCCAUCCUGGGGGCCGAGGUGGCCAUCCAAGAGGCUGACCUGAUGGAGGAGACGGUGCCCGAUCAGGUGUUUGUGGCUGAGCUCAUGUCUCCUGACGAUCAGAGCCCGCUGGACCACGAGCUGGUGACCGCAGAGGUCAUGGUGACGGACACAGAGACGGUCAUUAAAGCAGUGGAUGAAGAGGAGGAGGAGGAGGAUGUGAAGAGCACUUCGGAGGACUACCUCAUGAUCUCCUUGGAUGAGGUCGGGGAAAAGCUAGACAUUGGAGACGCACCUUUAAAGAUCACUGCAGACGUGGGCCACGAUGACGAGGGCUCGAAAGAGGAUGAGUUCAGCUCCGAGGUCAUUAAAGUUUACAUCUUUAAGGCUGAUGGAGAUGAAGAUGUGGAAAUAGGCAGCACCGAGGUGGUGGAGGAGAGUGAUUUCCCCAACGGACACGCAGCGCUGGAGCCGGCCGCUUCAGGAAGACCGACCAGAGAGAAGAUGCUCUACAUGGCUGUGAAGGACACCAGCCAAGGAGACGAGGACAUCAACUGCUCAGAGAUGACUGACCAGGUGUAUAUGGAGGUCAUCGUUGGGGAGGAAGAAGCUCCUGCUAUCACUGAAGCACAGCUGGAGGACGCACCGCUCAACAAGACCUUCGUUCCCGCUGCCUGGGCCACUGCUUAUGGAAGCAGUCUUGAAAGUAAGAAUGGUGCAGCCACCCCCUACCUGCAGAUCUCUGACAGCAUCAGCACAAGCAGAGCACUUAAACAAAAGAUCAGGAAGAAGAGGAGAGGAGAGACACGCCAGUGCCAGACAGCUGUGAUCAUUGGUCCAGACGGCCAGCCCCUGACCGUCUACCCCUGUCACAUCUGCGGCAAGAAGUUCAAAUCACGCGGCUUCCUGAAGCGCCACAUGAAGAAUCACCCGGACCACAUUUUCAAGAAGAAGUACCAGUGCACCGACUGCGACUUCACCACCAACAAGAAGGUGAGUUUCCACAACCACCUGGACAGCCACAAGCUGAUCAUCAAGAGCGAGAAGAUCCCGGAGUACACCGAGUACACGCGGCGCUACCACGAGGCCAGCCCGCUCAGCUCCAACAAGCUCAUCCUGCGAGACAAGGAGCCCAAGCUGCACAAGUGCAAGUACUGCGAGUACGAGACGGCGGAGCAGGGGCUCCUCAACCGACACCUGCUGGCUGUGCACAGCAAGAACUUCGCUCACGUCUGCGUCGAGUGCGCCAAGGGCUUCCGGCACCCGUCGGAGCUCAAGAAGCACAUGCGGACGCACACGGGCGAGAAGCCCUACCACUGUGAGCACUGCGACUUCCAGUGUGCAGACCAGUCCAAUCUAAAGACUCACAUAAAGAGCAAACACGGCACUGACCUGCCCUUCAAGUGCGGCCACUGCCCGCAGGCCUUCGCCGACGACCAGGAGCUCCAGAGGCACACGGACAUCUUCCAGGGCCAUAAGACUCACCAGUGUCCACACUGCGAACACAAGAGCACCAACUCCAGCGACCUGAAGCGGCACGUCAUCUCGGUGCACACCAAAGACUUCCCGCACAAGUGCGACGUCUGCGAGAAGGGCUUCCACAGGCCCUCCGAACUGAAGAAGCAUGCAGAAACGCACAAGGGGAAUAAAGUGCACCAGUGCAGGCACUGCGAGUUUAAAACGUCGGACCCGUUCGCGCUCAGCCGCCACAUUCUGUCCGUUCACACCAAGGACUUGCCGUUUAAGUGCAAGCGGUGCAAGCGCGGAUUCAGGCAUCAGAACGAACUGAAGAAGCACAUGAAGACGCACAGCGGGCGCAAGGUGUAUCAGUGCCAAUACUGCGAGUACAACACUACGGACGCUUCGGGAUUCAAACGGCACGUCAUAUCCAUCCACACUAAAGACUAUCCGCACCGGUGUGACUACUGCAAGAAGGGUUUCAGACGGCCGUCGGAAAAGAACCAACACAUACUGCGCCAUCACAAAGAAACCCUGCUCUAACGCUCUUUCUUUCUGCUCCAUGUGUCAUGUACAGCCCUCUUAUUUAAUGCAGUGUUUCUCAGCUUUCUUCAGUCCUCGGACCCACUGCUCUGCACGUUUGUCUCUCUCUUAUCUAACACACCUGAUUCAGACCAUCAGCUCGUUUAGGAGAGAGAUCCAUGAACUGAGUGUGUCUGAAAAGAGAAACAGCAGUGGGUCCUGAGGACUGAUUUAAUGUGCAGGCACAGAACAGUAUGGUCUUGGUCAAGAUGAUCAUGUCACACCUCUCUCCGUCUUUAAAGAAAACAGGGAUGCCUAUAUUUUUAUACUUUGCUUAAAUUCUGUUAGCAAGUCGUAUCCUCUAUAUUAAAGGAAUAGUUCACCCAAAAAUGAAAAUGUACUCGCCCUUGUGUAGACGUUUCACAGAACGUUCUUUCAUUAACGAAUAGCAUCUACUGACAGCUGUCCGUCAGGCUUCAAAAAGGAUGAAAAAGCACCAUAAAUGUAGACUUUGUGCACUUUUUGUGUUCAUUUUGGACUUUGAGAGCUGGUCGCUGUAAACUUUAAAAUGGAAAAAGCAUUGCAGUGAUUGUGUGCUCCAUGGAAGAAAAUGACAUGGGUUUUUAAUGACAUUAAUGGGUGAUAUAUUCCUGGUCUCAGCAUCAUCCUAGACCUUAUUCAGGAUAGACCGCAUAUUUUACUGCACCUUACCGUUUUAUACCCAUCAUGAUGUUACUUUGAGCAGUACUGUUGUGGUAUCUGAACCAGUGCAUUUUCGAUCCCAGAUCCCGGUGUCUCCGGCGUUCCUCAGCUUUGUGAAUACCAUUACCAAAUCCAGUGUUUGUGUAAAAUCAAACGUUCACAACACGGCGAACGUGCACGUACUGCCAAUCACUUCUGAGCUCUUGAGUCAUGCCUUACAUGUAUCUUUAUUUUAUUUCUUUUGCACUGAAUUGAGUAAGUAUGAAUCGAUUGUGAAUAUUUUCAACAAGUUUCGGUUACGCUAUAAUAGAUGUAUACAUUAACAAAUGCAAAUCACAUUAAGAGCACCUUUUGCUUUCAUAAUGUCACUUUGAGUUAUUUAUUUUUUAGCGGGUGGGCAAAGGUAGACACGACAUCCUAAAGCAGAAGCCAUCCUUCAGCAGUACUUGCGUGUAAAAGACCUCAGCGACUCAUGCCUUGAUAUCUAGCUCUUGUUGAUCUGUGUGGCUCUCAUAUAGGGUGGAUUUGGAGGGACUUCCCAAUCUGUAAUGCUCACACCAACGUCAUCAUGUGUAAAAACCUUCGUUAUAAGCUCCGUCUCCGAACAGAAAGUAUUUUAAGUGAUUUCCAAUUGAACCGCUUUAACAAUAUUUCAGAUUCCUAGAAACUGCGAGACGCCUCUUCUAAUGGUUCAUCAUCUGGACAGAUGGAAAUCUCACUGAAGUUACAGCGUAAAUGGAUGUAGUAGAUUUGGCGUAAUUCGUAGUUGAAUUGGUUGAAUGAAACGCAAGCCCGUGAUCUAGAUAUUGGUGUGUUUGUUCCAGUUGUGGUUGGAGACUAACAUUCUUCAUGCAAGAUAAAACUCAUGCAUUUCAGUUAUUUUCUGAAAGGACGACUACUGGUACGAAGGAAUCAAAAUAAGUAUUUCUUUCAAAAAGCUUUUUUUGUUUUCAGAAAUAGUUUCACACUCAGGUAUUUCCUUUAGCAAAUAGCACUUUUCAGAUGUAAGAAAUUAACACGGCCUAAAUAAAUCAUUCAAGGAAAAUCCUUUUAAUCCGCUUAUAAGUGUUGUAUUAUGCCAUUAAAGUGGGUAAUAACACGUACUGUAUUCUGUUACUGUGUCUCUAGUUCAGUGUCAGGGCACUCGUCAAGGGCUUUCUCAAUCACACAAUCAUUCUGGUACAUUAAGUCCCUAACAAUCCCACAAUCCACCACAUAAAGCAGGAUGCUGAUAAUGUUGAUAAACAAAGCACAAAUUGCAUGAGCUUACCCAAUAAAUAUCAUAACAUUC